ACUUGAAAAGAUGCUUGAAACUGCUCUGAUAAUAUAUGUGUAUAUAUAAACACACAUAUUAUGGUAGGAAUAGUAGUGGGUCUCCAAUCUACACAAGAAAAAAUGAAAAAGUUUUCGUCCACUGGCAGGAGAUAAGAAAGUGGAGAAGAGUGGGAACGCACGAGAGGAAAGGAAAAUAAUAUCUCCUUUCUGAUAAUUAGCUGUUUAAGAUCCACUAUCCUCCACUCUCUCUUUCCUCUGCUUUGGGAUCAAAUGCAAUAAUUCCAUCAUGCAGACCAAACGCCUACCUCUUCCUUUUCUCACACUCUGCACAAAUUGAUUCUACUGUUGCAAAGGGCCUUUGGUAAAUUAAGCUAGGUUCUCUCUUACGUUGCUCUCGUUCAGUUCUCCGGAGAUCCUGAAAAAGAAGCUAGCAUGAGGACGUUCAGAAAAUAUCUCGUUGUGAUUCUCUUGGUUCUUAUUCAGGUUCUCUGCGGUGAGUCCCUGGCAAAAACGGAGAAGAAAGAGGACCAGAGAAGUACUUACAUAGUUCACUUGGCCAAGUCCGAAAUGCCACAGACUUUCGAGCAUCAUUCAACCUGGUACGAGUCGUCUCUGAAAUCGGUGUCUCAAUCAGCUGCAAUGCUAUACAUCUACGACAACGCAAUCCAUGGAUUUUCAACCAGACUGACUCCUGAAGAAGCUCGCUUACUCGAGAGUCUACCCGGGAUUCUAGCCGUGUUGCCGGAGACGAGGUACGAGCUACACACAACUCGAACCCCUGAGUUCCUCGGGAUUGAUAAAAUCGCCGACUUGUUACUUGAGUCUAAAUCGGAUGUUGAUGUAAUCAUUGGAGUCCUAGACACUGGUGUUUGGCCCGAGAGCAAGAGCUUUGACGAUACAGGACUCGGACCCAUCCCAAUCGGCUGGAAAGGCCAGUGUGAAACGGGCACUAAUUUUACUACCUCAAAUUGCAAUAAGAAAUUGAUUGGGGCCCGGUAUUUUGCAAAUGGCUAUGAGGCCGCGAUGGGUCCAAUCAACGAAACUCAGGAGUCUAAAUCGCCACGAGACGAUGAUGGCCAUGGAACCCACACUGCGACUACAGCUGCAGGUUCGGCAGUUGAAGGUGCCAAUUUAUUUGGCUAUGCUUCAGGAACGGCGCGUGGUAUGGCUACCCAUGCCAGAAUAGCUGCCUACAAAGUUUGUUGGUUUGGAGGUUGCUUCAGUUCUGAUAUAUUGGCUGCUAUGGACAAGGCCAUUGACGACAACGUUGACGUGCUUUCUUUAUCGCUCGGAGGCGGAGUAGCCAAUUAUUACCAAGACAAUAUAGCAAUUGGAGCUUUCGCGGCAAUGCAGAAAGGGAUUUUCAUCUCCUGUUCUGCGGGAAAUGCUGGCCCCAGCACAUCUAGUCUUUCCAAUGUAGCGCCAUGGAUUACUACUGUAGGAGCUGGCACACUGGAUCGAGAUUUUCCGGCUUACGUCAGCUUGGGAAACGGAAAGAACUAUUCAGGGGUCUCUCUUUAUAAAGGUAAUGCUUUACCCGAUUCUCCGCUACCCUUUGUAUACGCUGGCAACGUGAGCAAUGCCACCAAUGGCAAUUUGUGCUUGAUGGGUACCUUGACGCCGGAUAAAGUUGCUGGAAAGAUUGUGUUAUGCGAUCGUGGACAGAAUGCUAGGGUGCAGAAAGGAUUUGUGGUGAAAAAAGCUGGUGGGUUGGGCAUGGUGUUAGCUAACACCGACGAUAAUGGCGAAGAACUGGUGGCCGACGCCCAUCUAUUGCCUGCGACGGCGGUAGGUAAAAAAGCCGGCGACGCCAUAAAGACUUAUAUCGGGUCCAAUACAAACGCAACGGUGAAGAUUUUAUUUGAAGGAACAAAGCUAGGAAUUCAGCCAUCACCGGUUGUUGCAGCGUUUAGCUCCCGGGGUCCCAAUGACAUCACGCCUCAGAUACUGAAGCCCGACCUCAUCGCGCCAGGAGUUAACAUCUUAGCAGGGUGGUCAAAAUCCGUGGGUCCUACCGGAUUAACCGUCGAUCCUCGGCGCGUGGAUUUCAAUAUCAUAUCAGGCACGUCCAUGUCCUGUCCUCACGUGAGCGGGAUAGCUGCUUUGAUCAAGGUGGCUCACCCCGAGUGGAGCCCGGCAAUAAUUCGAUCGGCUCUCAUGACUACCGCCUAUACAGCUUACAAGAACGGUGAUAAAAUGUUAGACAGUGCUACAGAAAAACCAUCGACACCGUUCGAUCAUGGCGCUGGACACGUGGAUCCAGUUUCAGCCCUUAAUCCAGGACUCGUGUAUGAUGUGGCAUUCGAUGAUUAUUUGGGUUUCCUCUGCGCGUUGAACUACACAGACGCACAAAUCAACACCGUGGCAAGAAGAAAAUUCCAGUGCGACGCAACCAAACAAUACAGUGUAAGUGACCUCAAUUACCCUUCAUUUGCUGUGGUAUUUAAAUCGGGCGGUAGGACCAAUGUGGUUAAACACACGCGGACUCUCUUGAACGUGGGGGCAGCUGGAGCGUACAAUGCCUCGGUGACUUCGGACACCUCGUCCGUUAAGAUCUCAGUCGAACCCGAAGUGCUUGGUUUCAAGGAAAACGAGAAGAAAUCUUAUACGGUGACGUUUACGUCUCUAGGUUCAUCACCGAAGAGUCGAAAUGCGUUUGGUCGCCUAGCAUGGUCCGAUGGGAAGCACGAGGUUGCGAGCCCGAUCUCAUUUAGCUGGGGCACUUAGCCAGAAGAAGGAGGGUGAUCACUCUCAAUCGCACAGGAUUUGCUUUAUGUUAGCUGUUUUAUAAGUAUCCAGAUGGAAAAUUGUGAAAGCUGGAAGCCUAGCGUCCUUGGUUAGUUGGUUUGGAGUCUGACCUGUGAGAAACAAAGAGGAAAAAUAGAUCGGCUCUUGUUUCUAAAUCCAAUUUAUAAUGUUCUAAUUUUUAAUCUUAUGAAAAUGCAUCCAUUUA